AAUACCUGCAUACAAGCAGAUAGAUGCACCUGCUCACUCUACUUUACACACGGCGUUCCUUAAAGAUAAACGGUAUCUUUUCACCAUCGUCAAACACAAUUCAUCUAAUUUGAUACAUACAUCAUGUCCUUAAAGAUGGCUAAAUCAGCUUGAAUUUUACUCAGUUUUUACCGAUAUCUCAAGCUUGUUUAUUGAAAGCGCUCAUCAAAAAGUAUAAAGAAAUGAGUCAAUUGAAUGUCACUAAUCAAACCUUUCGAAUUAAAGAAUCUACUGACGAAGUGAAUUCUGAUGACGCUACUUGGAUUCUAACCAGUGCUUUCAUCAUCUUUACAAUGCAAUCUGGGUUUGGUCUUUUAGAAUCAGGCUUAGUUUCGCAAAAGAAUGAGGCAAACAUCAUGGUUAAAAACGCAGUUGAUGUCAUAAUAGGAGGGCUGGCAUAUUGGAUAUUUGGUUUUGCUUUCAGUUUUGGUGAUGAUAAUAAAUCAAAUUUCUUCACCGGAGUUGGAAUGUUUUUUACUGAAUCUCAUAACGACAGACACUUGGGGCACAUAUACUCUAGAUAUUUCUUUCAGCUAUCAUUCGCAACUACUGCUACUACAAUUGUCUCAGGGGCAAUGGCAGAAAGAACAUACUUAAAGGCUUACAUUGCAUUUGCAUUCUUCAAUACACUCACUUAUUGUUUUCCCGCUCAUUGGAUAUGGUCAGAAAAUGGAUGGCUCAACAAAUUAGGUGCAGUUGACAUUGCUGGAAGUAGCGCCGUUCACGUUGUUGGUGGAAUCAGUGGAUUAGUGGCAACCAUAUUUCUAAAACCACGCACAGGACGCUUCAAAAAAGAUUCAAACAAAACUGAUUUUCAAAUGGCAUCUCCCACAAAUGUUUUAUUAGGAACGUUCAUGUUGUGGUGGGGAUGGCUUGGCUUUAAUUGUGGCAGUACUUUUGGUAUUAGUGGUGAAAAAUGGAAACUUGCAGCAAGGUCGGCUGUUUGUACGAUCAAUGGCUCAGUCGGCGGAGGUGUUAUAGGAAUGAUUUACAGCUAUAUAUUUUACAAGAAUAAGUUAAAUAUACCAAUAUUUGUGACCGGACUUUUGGGAGGACUUGUUGGAAUAACAGCCAUCUGUGCAGUCACUAGACCAAGUUUUGCACUCAUUAUGGGCAUGAUUGGUGGUUUAACAGCGUGUAUUAGUUGUAACAUACUUGAACGACUCCAUAUUGACGAUCCAGUUGGUUGUGUUCCUGUGCAUGUUUGCGCUGGAUACUGGAGUUUGAUUGCUGUUCCAUUUUUCUUGGAGCAAGACAAAUCUGGAAACUUUUCGUCACACUUAUUUGAGGAAUCGUACGGAAGAUGGAAGCUGCUUGGUGUCCAGGUUCUGAUGAUAAUUUCAUCAACAUUAUGGUCAGCAUUUAUAACUUUAAUAAUUCUUGUUACCAUCAACUACAUUUCUCCAAUAAGAAUGAGUCUAGAAGAUGAGUUAAAAGGCUCCGAUAUUUGUGAACACGACAUAUUAAUGUCUGACAUGUUUGAAACAAGAAGACCUCACUCGGCAUUUGGCUCCAGAAAAGUUCAAAGUGCUUGGACUACUAAAACGCAUGUACUGAACACAAACCAAAGUGUCAGAGAAGAUGAUUUUAUGAGCCAAGUAAUCGAUGCUGACGAAAAUUCAAGUGAUCUAAAAGAGAGAUGCAAAAAAUCUGUCUCACGUAGCUUACAUAAAGUAACCGAGAAUGAUAAAAAUUUUCGAGGGCAAAGUAAUGUUGGAUACAACAUAAACUGACACUUGACGAAAUAUUUAUAUAGCUACAUGGAAAAGAAUGAACCGUAAUACUCAUGGUUUUAAUGUAAAAUGUGUAUAAUAUCAUUUAGAAACAAACAUUUUGAUCAAUAUAUAAUAGCUAUCUGUUGUUUGUGGUAUAAUUUUAGAUUGUUCAGGAAGUUAAAGUUUUUGGCGUUUUGGAUCUUAUCAAAUUUUCAGACACCAAAAAAACCUUUUUUGUUGUUGUUGCAAGAAAUUUUUUCUCCAUCUGAAUUUGUUUUUGUAAUUAAUUUAUGUCAAAAUGUUCUUACCUGCAAAACCUCACUUUUACAAGCAUUGAGUCUGUACUCAGUUAUUCUUUGCUUGCUCAAGUCAAGUGUAUAUUAAGUGUAUAUUACAAACAUUUACAACCUCUUUUGAAUGCAUGUGUAUAUGACAAUUUGUUCAAAUGAUGUUUAAAAUCUCAUAAUGAAAACAUAUAAAGAAGAUCUGUUUGACUUAAUAAAUUCUAUAACCGAUCAA